AUGUUUGAGGGCCCGCUCAUGGAGCUACCUUCUCAGAAGCUAAAGUACCUACAAGCCGUAUGGGAGUUGUUUCACUCAGAGUUAAACUUCCUCCACCACCAACUACUUGUAUUACGGAACGUCUACAAAGAGCCCCUCAAGAAAUGCCAAGUAGAAGGCUGUCUUCUGACGGUUGAACCCGAUCUCCUAUUUGGGAAUCUCGACCAAUUAUGUCGGAUCUCCCGUGGAUUCUGCCAGACGUUCCUCAGCCUUCUGCCGGCAGUAAAUCGCGAAGGAACAGAUUACGAUUGUACAGAUCUAGUAGUGAAGCUCUUCGAAAAGUUUUCUAAAGGUCCUUCAACGAUUUCUGCAUAUCAAGCAUAUUGUAUCAAUUACAAGGCCACAAUGGAGUAUCUAGGUUCAAUUCGACAAAAGGAAGAACGCUUUACGGAAUUCGAGCGGAUAUGCUUAGCCGACGAGCGAUGCUUCCGAUUACAACUGGAAGAUCUACUUAUCGCACCGUUGCAAAGAAUAACGCGAUUGCCAAUUUUGCUCCGUGAAAUAUAUAAGUACACGGAAGCUCCAGAGAAUAAGGCGAAAGUCGAGAAAGUGAUCGAUUCCAUGACUGAAAGCCUUCGGUCCAUCGACGACAGCGUCCAAUGGUUGCACAACUUCGAACGUUUGCAACAACUUCAAACUCAGGUUAUCUGGCCAUCAAUUACUGAGUUGGAACCGCGGGCAUUCGUGCCAGACUUCCUCAAAGUGGCUCUUUCUCGACAGUUCUGCGAAAACCUCCUAGCUCAUCCAAGGAGGAAACUUAUCCAUGAGGGACCACUCGAAUUAGUCGAGAACGGUCGAACAGUGGAUUGCUACGCAUUCCUUUUCAACGACAUGUUCGUUCUGUCAAAGCCGAAGAAAUGUGCCACCAAAUUACGAGUGGUAGGUGUUUUUCGCGAUUUUUCUAGAUAA